AUGGUCCUCCCUAUUACCAACCCAUCUAAGUCCUACUGGAUCGAGGCCGCUGAGUCUCCCUUGAGGAAUUUUCAGUCUACCCCCGACCUUCCCAAGGAAACAGACGUUGUGAUUGUUGGGAGUGGUUACACUGGCACCACAACUGCAUACUGGUUGCACAAACACACCGCCAAAAAUGGCACAACUCCACGAAUGCUCAUGCUCGAGGCAAGAGACGUAUGUGGAGGCGCGACAGGGCGGAACGGCGGCCAGCUCCGACCUCAUGCCUACUCCCGUUAUCCAAACUGGUCUAGUCGAUUUGGCCCUGAUGGAGCUUUGAAAUUGAUCAAGCAUGAGAUGGCUCACCUCAACGCUUUCAAGGCUCUCUUGACCGAGGAGGGAGUCGCAGAGGAGGUCUGUUUCAAACUCGGUGAGACAUUUGACGCAGCGAUGACGCCGGAAGCUUGGGAGCGUCUGAAGGGAGCACAUGAAGCUUUUGUGAAAGACCACGGCAGGGACGGCGAAGUGAUCCGAGAAUGCCGCGUAGUUGAGGACCCUGCGGAGGCGGAAGCCAUAACCCAAAUGAAGGGAUGCAUUGGAGCUAUUCUGCAUCCUACUGGUCAAGUCUGGCCGUACAAGUUUGUUCACGCAGUUCUUCGCAUUGUACUGGAUACCGGCAAACUCAACCUCCAAGCCAACACUCCAGUUCUGAAGGUGUCCGAAAGGGAUGAAGAUGGAUACAUCACUGUGUCGACAUCUCGGGGCGAUGUCCGCACCAAGACUGUUGUCCACGCUACGAACCGAUGGGCCUCUCAUCUGCUCCCAGAAUACUCUAACCUAAUUUUCCCUUCCGUCUGUACCAUCGGUGCGAUCAAAGCCCCUGAAGGCUUCAUCAAACGCACUGGCGCUCAACAUUGGGACAGCCAUGUCAACAACUACCACGUCCAGCUUCCUCCUCCGUACAACACACUCAUAAUCGGCGGUGCCAAAGCUGUCGUCGCGCACUACCCCCACGAUUGGAUCCGAACAGAUUCAGAGGACAAACUCCAGCCUGGUGUCGCCGAAUUCUACAAGACAUGGCCGAAGAGCGACAUCGUAGACUGGCCAGGUAAAGAAGACGAGGCGGAGCUGGCACUGAACACAACUGAAGGCGGCAACUGGACGGGGGUAGAGUCAACUAGUAUUGACUCGUUUCCAUUUGUUGGGCCAGCUCCUGGACACACUGGCCAGUUUGUGGCGGCCGGAUUCAAUGGCCACGGCAUGCCAAGAAUCCUUCUUUCAACGGCUCAUAUCACGCCGCUAAUCCUGGAGGAGCUCGGAGUCAAGUGGACCGCUCCUGACCUGGUGGCAUCAUAUCCGCCUCUUCCCGAGCCGUUCGUCGUCACAGAUGAGCGCGUCAAGGCGUUCACGGAAGCAGAUGCUAAGAAGAACUACGAGGCAAGUGUAAGUGCUCAUGAAGCAAGUGCGGUAAAACCAUUCUGCAACGAACCUCGGUGCUUGUUCUGGAAGAAGGGAGCAAUCACGAAGCUGGACCUUCCUGUGCAGACUCAGGGGCCUCCUCCUGCUCAGCAUGGCAUAGUAGACGAGAAGACCUACUUGAACCACGCUCUCAAUGGAAAUGGAAAUGUUGGAGUGGUAAGCCAGGCAUGA